AUGUACUGGUUUGGCAACUAUUGUUGGGACUUGGUGAACUUUUUGCUGCCCUUGGUGGUUUGCGUGCUAAUUUUCCUCAGUUUUCAGGUCAUGGCAUAUUCUGGAGACAACUUGCCGGCAAUCAUUGUGGUACUCUUUUUGUAUGGAGCCUGCAUGACACCACUCAUGUACUGUGUGGAGCCGCUCUUCAGAGUCCCGUCCACUGCCUACGUGACGUUGAUUUGCUUGAACAUUUUCACGGGCACCAUCUCAACGCUUGCGAUCGCUGUCCUGGAGGCGUUUGACCAACAAACUGAGCUUCUGCAUAUACUGGAGUUUGGCAGAGCAGUGUUUCCGUGGGUCCUUCCAAACUAUUGCCUUGGCCGAAGCCUUUUGGCCAUUGCCGUAAAUCACUAUGCCAACUUUGCCUACACAGAGUUUGGCGUUUGUGUUCACGACAAUGGCAAUGUGUGCUGGAAAAACCCGUUGAGCUGGGAUGUGACAGGGGAAUACCUCACCCAGCUGGCCGUUAUGGUGCCGGUGUGGUUUCUUUUGCGAAUGAUUAUGGAAUGGGAUUGCCUUUUGCGAGGUGUGAAAAGAAGGUUUGUCUCCAGAGCUUUGGCUGGAGCUCUGGCAACAAACAAUGAGGAUGAGGUGAUAGACGAGGCUGUGGUGAAGGAGCAGAAACGAGUUGAAACUGGAUUGCCAAGUGACCAGGCUGAUGGCCUCAUCCUUGACAAGCUGCAAAAAUGCUUCGUGCGUUUCCGUGCGUGUAGGCAACCAGUCACCUUCCAAGCCGUGCGGGGCAUCAGCGUGGGUGUUCCUGCAGGUGAGUGCUUUGGGCUUCUGGGUGUGAAUGGUGCGGGCAAGACGACGACCAUGCGAAUGAUUACAGGAGAUACUGAGGCAACAAAGGGUGACAUAUUUGUGGGUGGUGCCAGCGUCCAGGCUCAGCGAGACGUGGCCCGGCAACGAUUGGGUUACUGCCCACAGUUUGACGCCAUCCCAGACAAGCUCACAGUACGCGAGACCAUCCAGCUUUUCGCAAGAAUUCGUGGAAUUCCAAGAGGGGAAGUUGUGAAAGCGGCUGACACGAUGAUUGCCCGGAUGUGUUUGGAAGCCCAUGAAAAGCAGUUGUGUGAGCAUCUUUCUGGGGGUAACAAGAGGAAACUUUCCACGGCGUUGGCUUUGCUUGGAGAGCCUGACGUGAUCUUGCUGGAUGAACCGUCCACCGGUGUUGACGUUGGAGCGCGGCGUUUCUUGUGGGAGGUCAUCGGGGACAUUCGACGCAGUGGCCAUGCCGUUGUGCUGACUAGUCACUCUAUGGAGGAGUGCGAAGUUCUGUGCUCUCGGUUGACUGUCAUGGUGAGUGGACAAUUCCGAUGCUUGGGGAGUCCAGUCGAGUUGAAGGGGAAAUAUGGCGCAGGCUACAGUCUUUCUGUCAAAUGCCUCCCCGGACAGGAAGGCCUUGGCACAACAACCGAGGACAAUUUGGCUCAAAUUCGGGCCUUUGUCAGGAAACAGGUGCCAUGGGCUCGCCUAGCUGAAAUCAGUGUUGGCCUGCUGGACCUCAGCAUCAAAGGAAAAUUCAUGCGAACCAAUGGAAUGUCCAUGGGCCCAAUGGGUCUGACUGAAAGCUGA